AAGUGGAUUGUUUUUAUGAAUUUUAAUAAACUUGUUUUUCAUUUUUUCUUUGUGUGUUUAUGUGAGCGGCAGCCGGCGGCAGAAGAGCCGAAAUAUUACCGGGUUUCCUCGGACAUUAGAGUCCCGUUAGAGUCUCGUGAUGGCGGAGAGUCCGGGCAGCAGCGUCCUGCAGCGGACACACAGCGGCGGUACCACCGGGGGGAGCACCGGGGGGAGCACCGGGCCCAGGGUGGUGAAGGUGGAGUCCGGUGAGGCGGUGCUGACGGCGUCACACGGCACUGAGCUUCACUUCCUGCGGUCGCGGGUUCGAGAGCUGGAGAGAGAGAAGGUGGAGCUGUCGGCGGAGAACCAGAGACUGAAGAACACGCUGGUCCACGAAAUACCUGGGCUCCUGUCCACCAUGUGGCAGACGCUAGGCCAGGUCAGUGGGCAUCACUCCGUGUCCACGGCAACAGGCAGGAGCGACAGUUACGCUCCGUACACGCAGCACCACUCAGCGACCAAUCAGGAUGCAGACUUCAGCCCGCUGGUGCAUGUCCAGCAGUUGCAGGAGGAGCUGAGCAGGGACAUGUCCGGGUCCUGGGGCGCCCUGGGCUCCGAGGAUGAGGAGGUGCCACACCUGGGGAGCCACAUGGGGGAGGAGGCACCGCUCUGCAGCCAGACCGACAUGGAGGCGCUGAGGAGGAGCUGCUCCGAGAGCCAGUGCACCGCCGGACACGUCCAUGGGCAGGUGAGCCAGGUUGAGGUGUAUCCGGGCUCUGGAGUUCUCUGUGAUGUCCGCUCGUGGCAGGCAGCCAAUCAGGCCCAAUCUCCCACAGCAAUGGCGCGGAUGCUGCUGCUGGGCGUGUUUGAUAUGAACACCCUGAUGAACAGUAAUCUGCGAGGCGGACGGAGCCGGCGGCCCGCCUCUCACUCACAGCGCAGUGCCCUCGACCCGCACAAGAUCAACGCCAUCUUCAACGCCAUCUUGGCUCGGUUCCCUCUCGCGAAGAGAGGAGUCAUCGGCUCCGGCAUCAACUCCAAACUGUCUGAGAUCCGUUUCCGCUCACGGAGAGCCAAUCGAGACCCCCGAUUCCUCUGAUGGACAGCUGGACAUACCCGCCUACCUCACUGAGAAAUGUCCAAUGAGUCUGCAGUCUGGAGCUCCUGGACCAAUGAGCAGCUGUUGGACCGACAGUUUAAUUUCAACCUCAGGAUGCUGAUCAGCAGCGCUGUUGCCAUAACGACCCGGUAACCUACUACAUCAUGACCACAAAGAGACACAAACCUGUUGUUUUGUGUUCUCUGUACGGGGGGUACUGAGUGUCCCUGAACUCAUCACAUGCUUUAAAUUCAAGUCUGUAAAUAUCAAUCAACUAAUAAAGUUAUGUUGAACCAG